UAGUUUAUUGUUCCAAAUAUGAAAAGUUCAUUUUUAUGUUUCGUUUCGUUGUUAGUUGUACAGAGAGUAAUUAGUGAAAAUGUUCAGGACAAUGGGAAUGAUACGGUAAAUGAAUUUUCCGAGGAAAAUGAGGGAUCAAGAGCGUUGUCAAGACGAAAGAGAUUUGUUAUAUUUCCAGGCGGGAGUUCGCUGCAACUUGUAUUUUGUGUCCAAACGGCGGCUCUAAUCCCGAUUGGAGACAUCUUUCUAUUCGGCAACACGGCGGGUCUCGCGUGGUCUCUACCGACUGACCCCAAACAGUUCCUCAUGUACAAAGACCUCGAGAGACCGCUGAGGAGAAGCGACGCUGUCAGUACCAUCAAUUAUCUGAAUGAGGAUGGCCGGGUUAUAGCGAAAGUUCCUUAUAAAAGGAGGAUCAUCGUGAAUCCAGCAUUCUCCAAACGAAGCGUAGACAGUACUCUUUCUUUCAAAGAAAAACUUAAGAUAGACCGACAGAAAAUGCAUAAAAGGCAUCUGGAUAGAGAUUACUUAAAACCGGAAAAUAUGGAGAAGAACAGCAUAGAGUUUCAUAGAAGUAAUAGACUGGAUCUCUAUCCAAAGAUAGAGAAACUUUUAUUUGCGCUCGGCCGGGACGGGCGUCAGUGCGUUCUUUACAAACUAUGCGAGGCUGCACAACGCGCGCCGAGCCAGGGGACAUUCCAGGACGAAUUCCUUCGAGUUGUGUUCACGUUACCGAAAGGCGAUGAAUUCAUCGAAGAGGUGCAAAAGGAGUACGAUAUGGCUCACACUGAAGGGGAUAACUGUGCGAAACGAUACCCUGGCUGCGCGGAGCCAGAUGAUACAGUGACGGAAUGAUUGUUAUACGAAUUACAUUAUUGAGUAAAAGAAAAUUAAUUA